CCCCACAUCAUGUCCUAGUGUGUAGGCUUCUUUUUAAAUAGUGAUUUUUUUUUGUUUGUUAUUGAAUAAGAUAAUGUUUUCUGCCAGGAGCGCGCCUCAAUAAAAACAUGACAAGGAGCUUGAUUGUCGAGAGUGAGUGCGCGUCAACUUGACUGCGCCGUAUGCGCGCGCUACUCACAAGAAUGCGUGUCUGCUCGGYUUAUUUCUCUCCACCUUUCAGAUGAGGAAGGGCUAUAUAGGGAGAAGGGGAAGAGGUCGUUUCGGGAAAUAAAUUAGCUUCAAAACCACAGAAAGCAGCCACGGGUGGAAUGCUUUGGAUUGGCAAAGGGGCAGAGCAGAUACUAGAAUAAAUUAAACCCGAGUCAAUCCCGUUCCAACGGGCAGCGUUAUAAUCAUACCAAGGUCAAUACACCGAACGAGCGCACAAACCCACGUCAUUUAACGUCUUAGGCUGGGUACUGAAUUCGGAUACGGGGAAAUCACCACCAGAAGCUGAAGAUGGAGGGGGUGAUGCAGGGGAUGCAAGCAUACGGAGCGGGGAAGGCUGGAGGAGCCUUCGAACCUUUGACGUUCUUUCAACAGCCUCAAACUAUCCUUCGGCUUGUGUGCUGGCUCUUCUCCAUCGUGAUCUUUGGCUGUAUAGCCAACGAGGGCUAUGUGAACCGGCCUGACGAGAUUGAGGAGUUCUGCAUCUUCAACAGGAACCAGAAUGCCUGUAACUACGCCGUGGGGAUGGGCACCCUAGCUUUCCUAAGUUGUGCUGCCUUCCUGGCCCUGGAUGUCUACUUCCCCCAGAUCAGCAGCGUCAAGGACCGCAAGAAGGCUGUGCUUGCUGACAUCGGAGUGUCUGCAUUCUGGUCAUUUGUCUGGUUUGUGGGGUUCUGUUUCCUGGCCAACCAGUGGCAGGUUGCCAAGGAGGAGGACAACCCUUUGAGGGAGGGCGCGGACGCAGCCCGAGCCGCCAUUACCUUCGCCUUCUUCUCCAUCUUCACCUGGGCGGUGCAGGCCUUCCUGGGCUUUCAGAAGUACAAGCUGGGGGCUGACUCGKCCCUCUUCUCCCAGGAGUAUGUUGACCCUACCGCCGACCCCAACGCUGCGGCCCCCAUGGGCACUGACUACACGGGCUACACCGCCGACACUGACCCCGCGGCCAGCACAGAGCUAGCCUUUGACGGCUCCACUGGCUACCAGGGCCAGGAGUACUGAGCCAGAGGGCCAAGGGAGUAGAAGGCCCAGGGAGGGGUAUUCAGCAUUAGGGGUGGUUUGUGGUUUAUGGGACAUGGGGUGGCUUUAAAAGUAGCCAGUCCCAGAUCUGUUUGUGUUAGGUGUGAUAAUGAAAUACAGAGCCUUCAGAAACUAUUCAAACCCUUUGWCUU